UGUCUCACCUCUCCCCUCUAGCCUUGGAGGAUAGGCAGAUCAGAUAAGCAGACUGGCUGGAUCUCUCUCUCGCACUCUCUCUCUCUCUCUCGCACUCAAACAGAUCUAUCUAAAGUACGUCUGUCUGUCUUUCAAAGAUGGUGGUCCCUGGCUCUCAACACGCAGAGGACAAGAUGUAUCAUCCUCCGGAGGGUCUGCAGAAGGAUGCUCAUGUACCUGACUUCAGGUGUUAUCUGGAACUUUACAAGAAGUCUAUUGAGGAGCCGGACGUAUUCUGGAAAGAGGUCGCUAGUGAUUUCUAUUGGAAGAAACCUCCUACGGGUCAGAUCCUGCAGUAUAACUUCGACGUGACCAAAGGGAACAUCUAUGUGAAAUGCAUGGAGGGAGCCACUACUAACAUGUGUUACAACGUCCUGGACAGGAACGUGAAGGACAAGAACCUUGGUGAACGAGUGGCGUUCUACUGGGAGGGAAACUCACCUGAUCACCACAUGGCCAUCACCUACAGUCAGCUGCUGGGGCAGGUGUGCAGGUGUGCCAAUGUUCUGAAGCAGAUGGGAGUGAGGAAGGGAGACAGGGUGGCCAUCUACCUCCCUAUGAUUCCAGAGCUGGUGUACACCAUGCUGGCCUGCACCAGGAUAGGAGCUGUCCACUCCAUCGUGUUUGCAGGCUUCUCCUCUGAGUCUCUGUGUGAGAGGAUCCUGGAUUCCCAGUGCAGUAUCCUGGUGACUGCAGAUGGUGUACACAGAGGGGAGAAAUGGAUCAACCUGAAGCAGAUAGCAGAUGAAGCUCUGGAAAAGUGCAAGGAGAAAGCGUCAGCGACCGUUAAAAGAUGUCUAGUAGUUAAGCAUCACGCACUGAGGAUACAAAGUGGGGAUGUUUCUAACAAAUUGCAGACCCCGUGGGAUGCUGCGUGUGAUGUGUGUUGGGAGGAGGUGAUGGGACAGGUCUCAGAGCACUGUGAACCUGAGUGGCUGGAUGCAGAGGAUCCUCUCUUUAUACUUUAUACGAGCGGAUCUACGGGCAAACCAAAGGGUGUCCUCCACACGGUAGCAGGCUACCUGCUCUACACCUCUCUGACCUUUAAGUAUGUGUUUGACCACCAGCCAGACGAUGUGUACUGGUGUACCGCAGAUAUAGGAUGGAUCACCGGGCACUCCUACAUCACCUAUGGACCCCUGGCCAAUGGGGCUACCAGCGUACUGUUUGAGGGUAUUCCAGUCCACCCUCACGUUGGGCGUUUCUGGGAGGUGAUUGAGAAGUACAGAGUGACCAAGUUCUACACAGCUCCCACAGCCAUACGCCUUCUCAUGAAGUACGGGAAAGAGCCACUACAAAAAUACGACCUGUCAUCGCUGAGGAUCCUGGGAACUGUAGGCGAGCCCAUCAACCCGGAGGCAUGGCAUUGGUACUACGAGGUUGUUGGUCAGAAGAGAUGUCCCGUCGUGGACACCUUCUGGCAGACUGAGACCGGUGGACACGUUCUGACGCCACUUCCUGCUGCUACUCCUCUGAAACCUGGAUCAGCUACCUUUCCUUUCUUCGGAGUGGAUCCCACCAUACUGAAUGAGCAUGGAGAGGAACUGGAGGGAGAGGCAGAGGGCUAUCUGGUGUUCCGGCAGCCCUGGCCUGGUAUCAUGCGCACCGUGUACGGAAACCAGGACCGCUUUGAGAAAACGUACUUCAAGAAGUUCCCAGGUUUUUACGUGACCGGAGAUGGCUGCAGGAGGGAUAGAGAUGGCUACUACUGGAUCACAGGCAGGAUAGAUGACAUGAUCAACGUAUCAGGUCACCUGUUGAGUACAGCGGAGAUAGAGUCCGCUCUGACAGAGCACGGAGCGGUGGCCGAAGCUGCAGUGGUCAGCAGACCCCACACGGUCAAGGGGGAGUGUCUCUACUGUUUCGUUACUCUGAAGGACUGCAGAGAGUUCAACCGCACUCUGGUGGACGAACUCAAGAGGCAAGUGAGAGAGAAGAUUGGUCCGAUCGCCACCCCAGACUUCAUCCAGAAUGCUCCUGGACUUCCUAAAACACGUUCUGGUAAGAUCAUGAGGAGGGUCCUGAGGCAGAUCGCCCGGAACGAGAAGGAUCUAGGUGACCUUUCAACCCUGGCUGACCCUAAGGUCGUGGAGGUGCUAUUCAGCCAGCGGUGGGAGACAGCUGCUUGAGGGGGAGGGGGGGGGGGGGGGGGCAUGUCAAACACUCUCAGGUGGCGUCCUCUCCUCGUGUCCUCUCCUUCUCUCCUCUCCUUGUCUCCUCUCUUUCAUCUUCAUUUUUCUGAAAACGCAGGAUAGGUGAAUUAUAGGAUAUAGACUACGGCGGAUGGGAUAUUUAUGUUCUCUCACCUAUUCAGUUUUGUAUAUCAGUGCAGAUGAAGGAGAGGAGACAAGGAGAGGAGAGAAGGAGAGGAGACGAGGAGAGGAAGCCAGGUUAGACUAUUUAGAAACACCCAGAGAGGAUCUUCGUCAAGUCCUCUCUCAUGGUAUGGCACUGGUCCUGAGAUCAGUCUCAGGGAUUUUUUUGUGCAGUGUUUGGGGGGUGGGAUUAGGGUUGUGGAGGACAGAUCCUAGAUCAGAUUUUAUGGGAAAAUGAUUGACUUUGAGUUAUUAUAUGUAGACAAAAGGAAUACAGAAGCAACAGUCCGAUGAAUGUCCAAGCAUUACAUUCAGUUUCUACAUAUUCUUUCCAAACGGGUAAAAAGGAUUUUACAAAUAGUUGUUAAUGCAACAAUGUCAGUCUGCUUGUAAUAACGGGUGGGCCAAUUAUUGAGGUGAACUGGACCCAGAAUCAGAAUCAGAAUCUUGUUUGUUGCUCGGUAACCUAACCUCUGGGACAUUCUCUCAGUGUAUCAGCCUGUAUCGUCCAUCUUGUUUGCUGCUCGGUAACCUAACCUCUGGGACAUUCUCUCAGUGUAUCAGCCUGUAUCGUCCAUCUUGUUUGUUGCUCAGUAACCUAACCUCUGGGACAUUCUCUCAGUGUAUCAGCCUGUAUCGUCCAUCUUGUUUGUUGCUCGGUAACCUAACCUCUGGGACAUUCUCUCAGUGUAUCAGCCUGUAUCGUCCAUCUUGUUUGUUGCUCGGUAACCUAACCUCUGGGACAUUCUGUCAGUGUAUCAGCCUGUAUCGUCCAUCUUGUUUGUUGCUCGGUAACCUAACCUCUGGGACAUUCUCUCAGUGUAUCAGCCUGUAUCGUCCAUCUUGUUUGUUGCUCGGUAACCUAACCUCUGGGACAUUCUCUCAGUGUAUCAGCCUGUAUCGUCCAUCUUGUUUGUUGCUCAGUAACCUAACCUCUGGGACAUUCUCUCAGUGUAUCAGCCUGUAUCGUCCAUCUUGUUUGUUGCUCGGUAACCUAACCUCUGGGACAUUCUCUCAGUGUAUCAGCCUGUAUCGUCCAUCUUGUUUGUUGCUCAGUAACCUAACCUCUGGGACAUUCUCUCAGUGUAUCAGCCUGUAUCGUCCAUCUUGUUUGUUGCUCGGUAACCUAACCUCUGGGACAUUCUCUCAGUGUAUCAGCCUGUAUCGUCCAUCUUGUUUGUUGCUCGGUAACCUAACCUCUGGGACAUUCUCUCAGUGUAUCAGCCUGUAUCGUCCAUCUUGUUUGUUGCUCGGUAACCUAACCUCUGGGACAUUCUCUCAGUGUAUCAGCCUGUAUCGUCCAUCUUGUUUGUUGCUCGGUAACCUAACCUCUGGGACAUUCUCUCAGUGUAUCAGCCUGUAUCGUCCAUCUUGUUUGUUGCUCGGUAACCUAACCUCUGGGACAUUCUCUCAGUGUAUCAGCCUGUAUCGUCCAUCUUGUUUGUUGCUCAGUAACCUAACCUCUGGGACAUUCUCUCAGUGUAUCAGCCUGUAUCGUCCAUCUUGUUUGUUGCUCGGUAACCUAACCUCUGGGACAUUCUCUCAGUGUAUCAGCCUGUAUCGUCCAUCUUGUUUGUUGCUCGGUAACCUAACCUCUGGGACAUUCUGUCAGUGUAUCAGCCUGUAUCGUCCAUCUUGUUUGCUGCUCGGUAACCUAACCUCUGGGACAUUCUCUCAGUGUAUCAGCCUGUAUCGUCCAUCUUGUUUGCUGCUCGGUAACCUAACCUCUGGGACAUUCUGUUCAGUGUAUCAGCCUGUAUCGUCCAUCUUGUUUGUUGCUCGGUAACCUAACCUCUGGGACAUUCUCUCAGUGUAUCAGCCUGUAUCGUCCAUCUUGUUUGUUGCUCGGUAACCUAACCUCUGGGACAUUCUCUCAGUGUAUCAGCCUGUAUCGUCCAUCUUCUUUGCUGCUCGGUAACCUAACCUCUGUGACAUUCUCUCAGUGUAUCAGCCUGUAUCGUCCAUCUUGUUUGUUGCUCGGUAACCUAACCUCUGUGACAUUCUCUCAGUGUAUCAGCCUGUAUCGUCCAUCUUGUUUGUUGCUCGGUAACCUAACCUCUGGGACAUUCUGUCAGUGUAUCAGCCUGUAUCGUCCAUCUUGUUUGUUGCUCAGUAACCUAACCUCUGGGACAUUCUCUCAGUGUAUCAGCCUGUAUCGUCCAUCUUGUUUGUUGCUCGGUAACCUAACCUCUGGGACAUUCUGUCAGUGUAUCAGCCUGUAUCGUCCAUCUUGUUUGUUGCUCGGUAACCUAACCUCUGGGAUAUUCUCUCAGUGUAUCAGCCUGUAUCGUCCAUCUUGUUUGUUGCUCAGUAACCUAACCUCUGGGACAUUCUCUCAGUGUAUCAGCCUGUAUCGUCCAUCUUGUUUGUUGCUCGGUAACCUAACCUCUGGGACAUUCUGUCAGUGUAUCAGCCUGUAUCGUCCAUCUUGUUUGUUGCUCGGUAACCUAACCUCUGGGACAUUCUCUCAGUGUAUCAGCCUGUAUCGUCCAUCUUGUUUGUUGCUCGGUAACCUAACCUCUGGGACAUUCUCUCAGUGUAUCAGCCUGUAUCGUCCAUCUUGUUUGUUGCUCAGUAACCUAACCUCUGGGACAUUCUCUCAGUGUAUCAGCCUGUAUCGUCCAUCUUGUUUGUUGCUCGGUAACCUAACCUCUGGGACAUUCUCUCAGUGUAUCAGCCUGUAUCGUCCAUCUUGUUUGUUGCUCGGUAACCUAACCUCUGGGACAUUCUCUCAGUGUUCUAAAUGAUUGAUGAGCUCAGGAUUGAUCAACGUGAUGAAUCAGCCUGUAGCUUCCACCUUGCUUUUCACAAAGUGCUCCUCAGACCGAUAGAUUAAUACUGAUCGCUAAUGUCUAAAUGAUGAAGGAAAGCUAGCUAGCUGUUCACUCUUUAAAGCUAUGAAAACUAUCCCAGGGAGUCCAGUCAGCUUUGCACACUUCUACACCAGGGCUUGUAUUUGUUUGGAAGUGAAUAUAUAUUUCCAACUUGAGAUUGUAUGUUUUUAUGACUUUGAGAAUAAAAGUGGUUCAUGUUUAA